AUGGACAGGAGUGGGGGUUGUGGGGCCGGAGCCGACAAGGUCAGGACUAAAUGGGGUGUCCGCUUCGGGGAUGGCCAGGACUACACCACCCUGAACGAGGACCUGCGCUCCUGGACCAGGGCUGACCAUGCGGCUCAGAUCUCCCAGCUCAAGUGGGAGGCAGCUGCUUGGGCAACCCAGUCAGGCCUACCUGGAGGGGGAGUGUGUGCAGUGCCUGGGCACCCACGUGGAGAACAGGAAGGAGAUGCUGCAGCGCACAGCUCCCUGAAGGCAUACGUGACCCACCACCUCACCUCUGACCAUGAGGCCACCCUGAGGUGCUGGGCCCUGGGCUUCUACACUGCGGAGAUCUCCCUGACCUGGCAGAGGGAUGGGGAGGACCAGACCCAGGACAUGGAGCUGGUGGAGACCAGGCCUGCAGGGGAUGGAACCUUCCAGAAGUGGGCAGCCGUGGUGGUACCUUCUGGAGAGGAGCAGAGAUACACCUGCCAUGUGCAGCAUGAGGGUCUGCCCAAGCCCCUCACCCUGAGAUGGGGUGGAAAGAAAGGGCACUACACUCAGACUGCCUAUGAGUAUGAGGGGAGGGUGACCUGA